AUGAGCCUAAUAAUACCUUGGUACUUCACUAAGUCUUAUCAUCAAAGGAUUAUUAUACAGAUUGGAUUGCACUUUAUAAUUCGCCUGGAUCCCAUCGGUACCUUCGAAUGGAUUCUAGACCCUAUCUCGCACUUGGAUAUAGAGAAACAAACAGCAUUGCAUAAUCUGGCCUCAAACUGUGAUAUUAGCAAACCAAGUCUAGGAAGGCCAACCAAUGAGCCAUUUAAUCUCACACGUCUUCAGCUCUGGGUUCGCGGUCCACGUCUUCGGCUUCGUGAGAUGGCAUGUUUGGCAGAUGUUGCAUUGGGCCGAAAGGGUGGAGAUUUAGCCUCUCUCGUGUAUCAAUAUUCUCUGAGUGGCCAUCCUGAGAUCCGAACUGACAUGCGCCAUCUUCUCACAUGUAUUGCAAGUACUCUCUAUUUCGCCAUCGGGCAGUGGAUGUACGAUGGUCGCCUUGAUGAUCCAUGCCAAGAGUUCUUUGUUGCUGCCAAUCCAACUGUACGCAUUGAGCGGCUUUGGCACGACAAGUAUUGCCUUCGCAGGUCCAUGAUACCUAUGUUCAUCUCGUUGACUCAAGCUAAGAAGAGGUGUGGAUGGGACUCAUAA